UGGAUUUACUAUGGAUUAUGUACACUGAUCAGGUUGUUUAACUGCAGCAAAGACCAGGAAAGAGCCCCAAGGAUGAGGUUCUGUGCCAAAUCAAUGCUUCCAUCUCAGUGGCUGUUCCUGGCAUAUGUGUUAAUGGUGUGCUGUAAAUCGUUGUCCGCGACUAGCUACCAUCCCCGGGGGCACCCAGGCCACCACCAAGUUAAGCAAGGGACCUGUGAAGUGGUUGCAGUGCAUCUGUGUUGCAACAAGAACAGGAUUGAAGAGCUGUCUCAGACAGGCAACUGUUCUUGCCUCCCAGGGCAAGUUGCGGGUACAACACGAACUCAGCCCUCCUGUGUGGAAGCCGCCAUUGUCAUCCAGAAGUGGUGGUGUCAGAUGAGCCCUUGUCUGGAAGGAGAGGAAUGUAAAGUGCUUCCUGAUUCCUCAGGGUGGUCCUGCAGCAGUGGGAAUAAAGUCAAAACUACCAAGGUGACCCGGUAG